AUGCCCCUCACCCUUGUGGAUGCGUACGACCUGGCGCUGAAGGCGCUGGACCCCGCCGCGUGGGAGCUUUUUCGCGCGCUGAAAGAACGUAUUCUACACUCAGCCGCGUGUCUACUCGCCCGUGUGGAGCUGACCGCCUUGCGCCCAGCGGUGACGGACAGUGCAACGGCUUUUUCACCCACCGCCGCCUCAUGCGUGCAGCCGACCGUCAGGUCUGGGGUGCGCGACGCGGAGGCGACGGAUACCGCAUCGGUGGCGGCUGAGCUGCUCCGUUACCUGCGCGAGACGCUCCACGCAGGUGCUGUCCACACAUUCGAGGAAGGGCUCGACUCACCAACGACGUCGGCUCCCGCACGUCUCGUGAAGGAUCUGUCACGUGUGCGCCAGCAGGUCGCCUCAGCGCAGUCGCCAUCUUCGUCUCCGCGCUGUCCUGGACUCGUACUCGCGGAGCUGAGCAUCUUAUGCCAAACCGCUCUAGCGUUGUCGGCGCUGUGGAUGAGCACAAAAGUUUGGGCAACGUUAUGUGAAAGCUCUACACUGAGCGCCAUCGUCGCUUGCUUCCUACGUCUCUCCUCGCCACAGGGCAAGGACCAAACCGUAGACGCCUCGUACCUAGAAUGCGGCACCGUAGGGCCAGUGACAAGCGCCGAGCGGUGCCCAUGCACAGGUGAUGCUCUGGACGUCGUUCCGAUGGAGCCGGCGAACGCGGACCAGCUGUGCCUCGCCUCCACACCGCGGUCCUCAUCUUUGGCUCCUGUGCCCUUAGAGCAUCGGUCGUGCGUGGAGACUUGCAGUAUGCAGGUAGGGGCCGCUGGUGGGCUUGAGGGCGGUGCUGCCUGUGUGUCUAGCGAGAUCAUUGUUGACGGCUACGAAAACAUAUCGUGCGGUCCGCUGGCUCCCAUGACGUGGCUCGACGGCGGUGUUGCGGAUGCGGCGGAGUCGCUGGCGAGGGACAUCGAGGACGUCGAGAUAAUUUUGCUCCGGUGCAGCGAGUACACGGUUCCCGUCUGA